GUGCCCACGCUAGCUCGGUUUACUGCCAAACCCUCGAUGGACUGUUUUGGAUGCCAGCUCAGUUUUUGAUCGAGCGUUCCAUCGAUAAAGGACUUCUGUAGCUGAAACUAGUUACUCUUCUACGCGGCUACUUCAACCGGUGUACGAAUUCCACCUCAGUCGAUGCCCUAACCAGCGAAAGAUUGCUACUAAGAAAUUGUAACAUUACGAAGUUUGUUUGAUACAGCGUAGCUGGGCUCAAAUCGGUGAAGAGUUUUCACCAUGGAGACGAGUAGAAUUGGAUUACCCCACGGUGAAAUGAGCAAAGAUGAGCAGACUGCAAUGUGGCAUCACCAGUAUCAUGAUUCUGGUAUUAUGUCAGGCGCUACAACUACAGCACAUUCAAUCAAGGGUGAUGAUGAUGAUGACUACAUGAAAACACACAUGGCAUUUGAGUGGGAGCAGCCCGGAUUUUCCGAGCAGGAGAUGCACGCUAUGAAUCAGCAAUUUGUCUCAACUAGGAGACAAGGCUUGCUCUCCAUCUUUAAAUCUGGUGGCAUCCCAGCUCUAGUCAGGUUGCUUGGGUCCCCUGUGGAAGCAGUAGUUUUCUAUGCCAUCACUACCCUGCACAAUCUUCUGCUCCACCAAGAAGGUGCCAAGAUGGCUGUUAGACUGGCAGGAGGUUUGCAGAAGAUGGUGGCCCUCCUAGGGCGUUCCAAUGUCAAGUUCCUGGCGAUUGUUACAGAUUGCCUUCAUGUGCUGGCUUAUGGUAACAAAGAAAGCAAGUUGAUCAUCCUAGCAUCAGGAGGCCCUGCUGAGCUGGUGCGCAUCAUGAGAAGUUAUACAUAUGAGAAGCUUCUCUUUACCACUAGCCGUGUGCUGAAAGUUCUCUCUGUGGACACUGACAACAAGCAAGCGAUUGUGGAGGCUGGAGGUAUGCAAGCACUGGCUAUGCAUCUUGGUCACCAGAGCAACAGACUUGUUCAGAACUGCCUCUGGACUCUGCGCAAUCUGUCAGAUGCUGCAACCAAGGAGGAUGGUCUUGACAACUUGCUGCAGAUGUUGGUGCAGCUGCUGUCAUCCAAUGAUAUUCAAGUUGUGACAUGUGCGGCAGGUGUCUUGUCAAACCUGACAUGUAACAACCCCAACAACAAACAACUUGUUUACAGGUUUGGUGGCAUAGAGGCACUGGUGAGGACAUGUAUGCAGGCAGGAGACAGGGAAGAGAUCACUGAGCCAGCGUGCUGUGCCUUGCGCCACUUGACGAGUCGACAUGAAGAUGCUGAGAAAGCCCAAAAUGCAGUGCGAGUUCACUUUGGCCUGCCAGUCUUGGUGAAACUUCUGUAUCCACCCUCUCGCUGGCCACUUAUCAAAGCAAUUGUUGGUCUCAUGCGUAAUCUGGCAUUAUGCCCCCUUAAUCACACACCAAUCCGUGAGCAUGGAGGUCUGCCUCAGCUCGUUCAACUGAUGAUGAGAGCCCAUCAGGAUAUGCAGAGGAGACCAGGACAGAGUGUGGUAAUUGACAGUGUAAGAAUGGAGGACAUUGUUGAUGGCUGUGUUGGUGCCCUGCAUAUUUUGGCCAGAGAGGCACACAACAGAGCUGUCAUAAGAAGUCUCAACUGCAUUCCUCUUUUUGUGCAGCUCCUCUAUUGCCCAAUUGAGAACAUUCAGCGUGUUGCGGCUGGAGUACUCUGUGAACUUGCACAAGACAAGGAAGGUGCUGAGGCUAUUGAGGCUGAAAAUGCAACAGCACCCUUAACUGACCUGUUACACUCCAGAAACGAGGGCAUCGCUGCUUAUGCUGCUGCUGUACUCUUCCGCAUGUCUGAGGAUAAGUCGCAAGAUUACAAGAAGAGAUUAUCAGUUGAACUGACUAGUUCUCUUUUCCGGGAUGAUGCUCCCUGGCCUGAGCCAAUGGAUGGAGACUUCCCAGACCCAAACUACAACAUGCCACCAGGAGGGUAUGGUUACCCCCAUGACGGGUUUGAUUACAACCAGCCCAUGGACUAUUCUCACGAACCUGGUUCUGGGUAUGAUUUCCACCAUGGUGAUCCAUCCAUGCAACCUCUUGCUCACCCUGGAGGGCCACCUCCUCGAGGCGGCACGUGGUAUGACACUGACUUGUAAGAAGACUGGUUUGAUGACUUGAAUUUCAACCUUGUGCAAUAGGUUGUGAACUUUUUAUCUUAGACAGCUGUGGUUCCCAUGCUUUUUCUUUGGACGCAACCCUGCUGCCCAUUUGUAGGGCAGCUCAUAUUAUAGUUUGGGUACAACGAAGUCCAAUGCAACUGUUGUCCAAAGGCAACAAUCAGCUACCACUUAUAGUGUCGUGUAUUGUGUUAGUUAUAGUCAUGUAAGCUUGCUGUUUAUAGUAGAGCCAUUUCAGUUUUGCUUUUUUGUUCUUUGCUAACUAACAUAAGGUUGGAAAAUUUUUUGAGUGAUGCUUUAUAAAAGAAAACAAUAGCAACAACAACAACAACAACAACGAUCCCUUGGUUGAAGUGUUUGCUAGAGCAUUUGUCACUUGAAUUUCUAGUCUAAACAGCAGCAUUUAGAAAGUCGUGGCUGACAAGUUUUUUGUGUAGUUUACUUUCGUUUGCUAACCAAAUACAUUUUCAAGAUGUAUUAUUUUUAUGCAGUUUCUAAUGUUAAGCUUGUUUGCACAAAAUGGGAAUUUUUUUCUUCUUACUUGUCUUUUAUUAAACUUCUUUUUGAACCUACAAAGUGCAAAGGAUUUGGCACUUUGUUAGUUUUUCUUUCAAGCUGAGGGCUUCAGAUAAAGAAACACCACUCUAGCUGUUCUGAGAACUGGAAAUUCAGUUCACACAGAUUAAUUAAAGGGGCACCUAUCCUGCUUCACCUGUCGUAUUUUAUUUCUUACAGCUAUUUGAUGGGAAUGGCAAUUCUUUGUCAUCAUAACCUUUUUUUCGAUUUCAACCUGAUUCCUUUAGUGAUACGUCGCUUGUGUAUACAGAAAAUUGAGUAGAGCACCUCGGGGUUGCCGUCAUUAAGUAAAAAUAAUGAAUCCUGAUUAACAAUUACUCUGAUAAAUCAAUGAUUGUUUUGCUGACAAAACAUAUAAUAUGUCUUGGCUGGUUUCUGAAAGUGAAAUAUUAUCUGUCUUUUGUUCUUUCUAUUUCUAUUCAUGAAUUUAUUUAUAUUUUGAUCAGAAAAGCUGACUCUCACUUUGCUUUCAUUAUUUUCUCCACUUUCCUCACACAAAUGUACAAUAAAAACUAGGUUUUUUUUCUUGCGCUUUGAAAUAUUGUAUUUGUAUAGAUUGUUAUGCGGCUGAGGGCUGUUGCAGUGAAUUAAUUUUAGCCAUUUUUAGUCUCACUAGGCAGUCUUGCCUAGAUCGGUAUUAAGAUGAUUGAAAUGAGAGGAAAUGAACAGUGAUUGAUCUGCUAUGUGCAAUUAAAUUUUCUAAUCAUGUACAAA